AUCACCUUUCUGAAAGAUUCUCUUGAAAAAGUUCCUGCUCUGACACUCUUUUGCUGUCUCCUCCCUUCUUUGUUCUCUUCCUUCUUUCUCCGAUUACAGUUCCAAAAACAACACCCAAUCUCCCGAGGUCAAUGGUUAAUAUUCCCUGGUGUUUAUAUAGGCUCCAAGCAGCAGAUUCCAGCCCGUUCAGCACUGGGCUAGCUCCAGCACCAUGGCUUUCUUCUGGCAGGCAGUGCUGGCCUGCAGGAACUACCUCAUCGUCAUCUUGGUACCCAUUCUGUUUCUCCCCCUGCCUCUGGUUCUGCCUACCAAGGAGGCACUCUGUGGCUAUGUGAUCAUAGUGAUGGCACUUUUCUGGUGCACAGAAGCUCUGCCUUUGGCUGUCACAGCUCUCCUGCCCGUCCUGCUGUUCCCACUAAUGAAUAUCAUGGAUUCAACAACAGUCUCUCAGGAAUACCUGAAGGACACCAACAUGCUCUUUUUGGGGGGCCUGAUGAUGGCCAUUGCCAUCGAGAAGUGGAACCUGCACAAGCGAGUGGCUCUGAGGGUCCUGCUCAUCACUGGUGUCAGACCAGCCCUACUCCUGAUGGGUUUCAUGAUAGUGACAGCCUUCCUGUCUAUGUGGAUCAGCAACACAGCCACCACUGCCAUGAUGGUCCCCAUAGCUCAGGCAGUGAUGGACCAGCUGCACAAGUCAGAAAUCGAGUCUGAGACCACUGGCCACGUGUCUGAACACACCAACAAAGCCUUUGAGCUGCAGGAAAAGUCACCUGACAGCUUCAAGGAGCCUGAGGAAAAAGGCAACUCUCAUGUCCUGACAGUUGAGGAAGAGAGAAAGAGAAAUGAAGAGGUGGAGAAGAAACACUUGAAACUCUCCAAGGGAAUGUCCCUCUGUAUUUGUUACUCAUCCAGCAUUGGAGGGAUUGCCACUCUGACUGGGACCACACCAAAUCUGGUGCUGCAAGGACAAAUUAAUGACAUCUAUAAAGAGAAUGGUGGUGUCAUCAACUUUGCCUCCUGGUUCUCCUUCGCCUUCCCCACCAUGGUGGUGCUGCUGAUUUUGGCCUGGAUUUGGCUGCAGAUCCUGUACUUGGGCUUCAAUUUUAAGAAGAAUUUUGGUUGUGGUGCCAGCCCUGAGGCCAAGGCUAAGGAAAAACAAGCCUAUGAAAUCAUCAAGGAAGAGAGCAAGAAACUGGGCAAAAUGUCAUUUGCAGAAAUAGAAGUUUUGAUCAUCUUCAUUAUCCUGGUGGUGCUGUGGUUUACGAGAGAACCUGGGUUCUUCCCUGGCUGGGCAACAGUUCUCUUCAACAAAGAUGGUACAAGCUAUGUCACUGAUGCCACAGUCUCCAUCUUCAUUUCCCUGUUGCUCUUCAUCCUCCCUUCUGGCUUUUCCAACCAGGAAACAGGGGACAGGACAAGGUUCCGGGCGCCUCCAGCCCUGCUGGACUGGAAGGCAGUUCAGGAGAAGAUGCCCUGGAACAUCGUGUUCCUGCUGGGAGGUGGCUUUGCCUUGGCCAAAGGCAGCGAGGAAUCUGGUCUGUCCCGAUGGCUGGGCAGCAAACUGACCCCCCUGGAGAGCAUCCCCCACCCAGCCAUCGCCUUCCUGCUGUGCCUCCUCAUCGCCACCUUCACCGAGUGCACCAGCAACGUGGCCACCACCACCCUCUUCCUCCCCAUCCUGGCCUCCAUGGCUGAAGCCAUUUGCCUCAACCCUCUCUAUGUCAUGCUGCCCUGCACACUCGCUGCAUCGCUGGCCUUCAUGCUCCCUGUGGCAACUCCUCCCAAUGCCAUUGUCUUCUCCUAUGGACAGCUCAGGGUUAUUGAUAUGGCCAAAGCUGGGUUUGUACUCAACAUUCUGGGAGUUCUGACCAUAACUCUGGCCAUCAACACCUGGGCUUCAUCCUUGUUCCAGCUGCAGACGUUCCCCUCAUGGGCAAACAAGACAGGGAGCUGCCCGUGAGCUGGGGAGGAAACAGAGUGUUCCUGGCAGAGCUGCAGGACAGCAGGACAUCACCCACACAGACAGGGCUUUAGGGAAAAGCCUCUUCUGUGCACAAGGACAAGCAAACUCCUCCUGUUGAUAGCAGCAGUAAAAAUUGCCCAGCUGCUGCUCACCCCAGCAGGAGGAUGAGUGACUUUUGGCUUUUUAGAUUUUCUGCCUCUGCAGGGGUGUUUUUCCCCCACCAGUGCUUUUCCACUCUGAA